AAUUGCCUGAGGUCUCUAAUUGCGGUAUUUCUAUUUGUAUGAAUUAAAUAAAUUUAUAUAAAACAAAUGAAAGGAUGUAAGUUAUUAAGUGAGAAAUAAUUUAGUAUAACGUCACGUUAUCUACGGAUUAAUAUCAAGAAAAAUGAGUAAAAAACCAAUAUCAUUCGGCAAAAUUAGCUUUAACAUCAACAGAACCUCAUCACACGAUACUUGCGAUGGAUCAACCUCAGGUUUUGGCACAUUCGGUCGCACGCCGAUCCAAGAACAGAAGGAUAUCGAAGAGAUCGCUGAAGACCUGGAAAGCCAGCACGUUCAACAAGUGAUGGGAAUCAAAAAUUUCGGUAAGAAAGCCAAAAACUUCGACGUUGAAGAAAUGAUGAAACAAGCGAAAAUUGCAGCCCAAGAAGCGAAUAAAAAGAAGAUUGAAACAAUAGUAUCGAGUAAUUCAGAGGAGAAAACUUACACAGCUACUGCAGCACCCAGUCUACAGCAGGAAGAUUCAAACGAUGAGCAUGAUCUGAUAGGGCCACCAAUACCUUCAAGUCUACCAUUAAAAAAGUCUGUUAAAAAUAAAGAUGAAGGGAAGGAUGAUAAAACUAAAGGUGAUGAAGACAGUUAUGAUGAGCUCAGUGGUUCAGAUGAUGAAGAACUAACCUUGGAAAAUCGAAUACCAAAUACACACGAGGUGGAAAUGCUCCAUGGCACCAAAGCUGUAGUGGCCGUUGCUGUGGACCCUUCAGGUGCUCGACUUGCAACUGGAUCGGUUGACUACGACGUCUCAUUUUGGGAUUUCGCUGGAAUGGAUGCAUCCAUGCGGUCUUUUAGAACGCUUCAGCCUUGUGAGAAUCAUCCAAUUAAGGCUCUGCAAUAUUCAGCAACCGGUGACUCCAUUUUAGUCGUCAGCGGUGCCGCCCAGGCUAAGGUGCUGGACAGAGACGGCUUCGAAGUGCUUGAAUGUGUCAAGGGAGAUCAGUAUAUCAAUGAUAUGGCCAAAACCAAAGGACACACAGCUACACUUAAUAGCGGCUGUUGGCACCCACAAAUCCGAGAGGAGUUCAUGACCUGCUCCCAAGACGGAACCCUCAGACUAUGGCUCACAGAGAACCCCAAACAGCACAAAUCAGUCAUCAAACCACGACAGUUGGGAGGCUUGAAGACUAACCCGACUUCCUGCGCCUUUUCGAGAGAUGGCAACACUGUCGCGUGCGGAUGUUACGAUGGUUCCAUACAAAUGUGGGACCAUAGGAAGAAUUUCGUCAACACCACUUCUUUGCUACGCGACGCACACCAGAAACAAUCAGAAAUAUCCUCCAUUUCCUUCUCCUAUCUUGGUUCGCUUUUGGUCAGUCGGGGGAACGACGAUACAAUGAAAAUAUGGGACUUGCGUAACUUCAAGAAGCCGGUGAAUGUUUUUGGGGACCUGUUCUCGAGGUACGAGCAGACGGACUGCAGUUUCAGUCCGGACGAUACAAUGGUGUUCACCGGCGAGUCCUUACAGAGGAACCAGGAUGUGGGCAGAUUAGUAUUCUUCAACGCGAAGACGUUUGAACAAGUGACGCAAAUCGAUGUUGCCAAAUCGCACGUCAUAAAAGCAGUCUGGCACGCCAAGCUGAACCAGAUAUUCGUUGGCUGUGGAAAUGGCAUUGUCAAAUGUUAUUAUGAUAAUAAGAGAAGCCUGCGUGGGGCGAAACUUUGUAUCGUGAAGACACAUAGGAAAAAACAGUCCAUGGAAGUCGUCAGCUCACAGCAAAUCAUAACUCCACACGCGUUACCGCUGUUCAGGCAAGAGAAAUUGCGAACGAGCAAGAAGAAAAUGGAGAAAGACAGAUUGGAUCCCGUCAAGUCUAGACGACCGGAUCUGCCGAUAACAUCCGGACAAGGGGGACGAGUCGCUGCCUCUGGAAGCACCCUAAGUUCCUUCGUGAUCAGAAAUCUCGGUUUGAGCAAACGAGUCGACGAUGAACAGGAUCCGAGGGAGGCUAUAUUGAAAUACGCGAAGGAGGCUGAAGAGAAUCCGUUCUGGGUGGCCCCUGCGUAUAAGAAAACUCAACCGAUGCCGAUAUUUCAGGACGGGGAUGAGGGACCAUCGGAUCCUAAAAAGCAAAAGUCUUCGGAGGGCUGAAGUUUGUUAAAGACCACACUUAUCACAAACGGUACCUGAAUUUUUUGACAGGCCUUAAAAUAUUUAGAUUUAUUAAAGACUAAAACGAUAUCAUAAUAAAUAUUUUCCCUAUUUCAAUAUUAUAGUUCAUACCACGAGUCGAAUUCCUAGGGAGCAAAAUACUCGUACCUCAUUGGUCGCUUGGGAUCAGCGAGACGAAUCCUUCGUGUAAGGCAAUCCUAAGUAAUGAUUUGACCAAUGAUGACACUAGAGCAAGUUCAUUUGUGAGCUCGUUUCGUGGAAUGGAUUCUAGAUCAUUGUAAUAUACUAAUCUUCUUUGGAUAUUCGUAAUAAAUAUUAGUAACUGCCCCACAAAUUUCUAUGACGUUUUCUCGGGGGCUUACGAACAUGACCGAAAUAACAAUUUUAUGAAAAACUCAUAUUUAUAUAAGUGUAAUUUGCGAUUGAGAUAUAUUUUAAAUAAAAACUAGUCGUCGGCCGCAGUGGAAAUCUCAACGGAGACCAGACCACUACGCAGGAUGUGAUAGUGCACAAGUCUGUGCGCAAACACAGGUGUAAUCUAUAGAGAUUAAGCAAACAGUACUCGUAUUGUUGUGUUCCGGUUUGAAGGGUGAGUGAGCCAGUGUAACUAAAGGCACAACGGACAUAACAUCUUAGUUCCUAGUGUUGGUGGCGCAUUGGCGAUUUAAGGAAUGGCUAAUAAUUUAUACAGCGCCAUUGUCUAUGGGUAGUGGUGACCACUUACCAUCAGGUGGCCCAUAUGCUCGUCCGCUAAUAUCAUAAAAAAAAAUCCGCUGAGACGGCAGAUUUUUUUUCUAUAGAAAAACCCAAUAUUUUGUUAUCGUUAUGAAAUCUAUACUAUGGAAAUAUUAUUUUUUUUUUAUGUGAUUUUCCAAGCAAAGAACAUCCAAUGGUGUUGAUUUCAUCGCACAUAAUCUCCUAAGCUAUUUUAACAGAAUUUAAACACGAAUCAUUUUUUAAACCCGCA